AUGAGGACAUUUCAAGCAAAAGAUGACGAUCUUGUAAUGGUGCAUCAGAAAAUUGCUUGUGACCUACAAUUGUCGAAUAUUUCUGAAGAGUAUCGUGAUGCGGUUCGAUUACUUGGAUCAAAAUCAUUGUCCUUACUGGAGAAAGUUGAAAUGCUUGCACAGGCUCAAAGUGACUAUGGUACCUUAGCAAUUUUUUUCGCAAGGAUUGCAGCCUGUACGCCACAUUCAGCUGAUGUAGAAAGGCUGAUUAGCUUGUAUAUUAACCAGCUCAAGACAUCCGAUCGCUUCUGUCUAACAAAUGAAACCGUUUCGCACUAUCUGUACGUUAACCUAAAUAUGCCUGUUUUAGCCGAGUUCAACCCAAGGCCGGCAGUAGAAUACUGGUGGAAGCAACGCUCCCGUCGAUCUGUGGAGCCAACAAAGGCUAAAGAACAAGAAUGGUUUCUGAAAACCUUCAGUGUAGCAUCAGAAAAGAUGAAAGAAAAAAGAAAGAAUGUCAAAACACAAGGACAGUUACAACGAAAAUUUUAA